AUGUAUGCCCUUCACUGGUGUCUAUCGUGGAGGGCAAGACUGUACUUAGGACACUUGCCAACCUUUUCACAGCUUCCGUUACUGGGAUCUAUGCACUUGAUGUUCGGAGGAGGCAAAGUUGCAUUCCGACGAUUUAAACAGCUUUCUGAAAUUAGUGAAGAAACUAAUAAACCUUUCAUUCUGUGGGUUGGGCCGCGAGCUUUAAUAUUUCUAAAUGAUCCUGAAGAAAUGAAGAUUGUGUCAAACACGUUCGUGGAGAAACCAAGUUAUUAUGACUUUGGAAAGGUCUGGCUUGGAGAUGGAUUAGUACUGGCACCAGGUGAUAUAUGGAAGCAAAAUAUAAGGAAGAUUGGUGGAACAUUCAUUCGUAGUAUAGUUAAUGGGUAUCAAGAUAUAUUUAACGCACAAGCGCGAAAGCUUGUUGAACAAUUAAAAAUGGAAGUAAAUGGACUACCCUUUAAUGCCAGAGAUUAUAUUUCUCACGUAACCCUAGAAACAAUAUGUCAAACAGGUUUCGGUGUAUCUCAAAUAACUGAUAAUCUAGUAACGGAGAAGUACCACAAAGCAUUCCAUCGGGCCACAGAAUUGAUUGUACUUCGAGGGACAAAUAUAUUUUAUCAUCCAGAUUGGGUGUUCCAUAGAACUUCAGCUUACAAGGAAUUAAUGGAAUGUGUAGGGAUAAUUCAUAAUGUUUCAGAAACAGUCAUCAAGAAAAGAAAGUUUGAACGGGAAGCUUUGAAAAGUGACAAAAGUUUAAAUAGAGACAAUUUCGGAAAACCAAUUUUUAGAGCAUUCCUUGAUAUAUUACUGGAUUUAAGUGAGAUAGAUUCUACCUUAACUGACCAGCAGAUUAGAUCAGAGGUAGAUACCAUCAUCGUCGGCGCUCAAGAGUCUGUAGCUACCGCUUUGCUCAUCGUCUUGCUAAUGAUUGGGAAUAAUUCUGAUGUUCAAACAAAAUUAUAUACAGAAAUAAAACAAAUAAUGGGAGAUAAUAAACGUCACGUAGAUAUUAAUGAUUUAAAGCUCAUGGAAUAUUGUGAAGCUGUUAUAAUGGAGUCAAUGCGUCUGUUUCCUGCCUUUCCCAGUCUUAUGCGUCAAGUCGAUUGUGAUUUUAAGCUAAAAUCGUGUACUAUUCCCAAAGACACCACCUGUAUAUUUAAUAUUUGGGGCGCGGGAAGAUCUCAACGUCUGUGGGGACCUGAUGCAGAUCAGUUUGUACCAGAACGAUGGUUGCCUCCCCGUGUACCUUAUAUCACUUUCGGUCUAGCUUUCAGUAUUGGAAAACGAGCUUGUAUAGGUAAAACAUACGCGAUAAAUCUUUUAAAAACAGUAUUAGCACAUUGUGUAAGAGAACUUACAUUUACAUCUGAAGCUAAUAAUUUAUCGUUUAAGUUUGAUCUAGUAUUAAGACCUAUAAGUGGGCAUCUAAUGCAAGUUAAGCUAAGAAAAGAUAGUCAAUUUGAUGAUCAA